UAUUGAAAGAAGAAGAAGAGGAGGAGGAGGAGGAGGAGGUGGAAGAAGAAGAAGAACAACAACAAUAACAACGAGCUCAAACACCCUCCGAGUAAGUCAGCAGGUAGACACCAUCACCGUCCAACCCUGAGAAGCUUUUCUCGAGCACGCUUACAUCCCGGAACUCGUCUCGGCUCACGUUGGCUCGUAAACCAGCUCCGACCUCAGCUCGCUGGUUGGAUGAAUGUGAACUAGCUGAACAGACUAACGUAACUCAUGGGAGGGCGAAGAUAAACAAUUACACAGUUUCGGAGGGGAGCCGCCCACCGAUGUAUGAACAUAAGGAUCCGGCACGAGGACAGCAGUCUAGAGGGGUCGCAGGAGGAACGACUGCUCACACCAGGACCAGAAGAAACUCCGGACCAGACUCGACAUUCGUGAGUACGAUGGGAGCUGUUCUGCACUGGCUCCGCGAUGUGGCGGCCGUGACUCUCCUCAAAGCACGGCGGACUUUAUUCCAGGCUGCCAUCCUGUUUUUUGUCCUCUUGCUGCUGCUGUGGGUGUCCAUCUUUCUCUACGGAAGCUUCUAUUACUCCUACAUGCCCACCGUGAGCUUCUCCACCCCUGUGCACUUCUACUACACCUCUGAUUGUGACUCCUCAGAGUCACCGGUCUGUUCCUUCCCCACCGCCAACAUCUCUUUCCUGAAGAAUGAGAGGGACCAAGUGAUGGCUUACGGUCAGCCUUAUCGAGUGUCUUUGGAGCUGGAGAUGCCGGAGUCUCCAGUGAAUGAAAACCUGGGUAUGUUCAUGGUCAAGAUGUCUUGCUACACCAAGGGUGGGAGGACCGUCUCAUCGGUGGGCCGAUCCACGAUGCUGCAUUACCGCUCCAGUCUUCUGCAGAGCCUGAGCACGUUGCUGUUCUCUCCUUUCUUUCUGACUGGCAUGGCUGAACAGAAGCAGCUCAUAGACGUUGAGCUCUUCUCUGACUACAAGAUGAAUGCUUUUCAGCCCGCCAUCGGUGCGGUCAUUGAGAUCCUGUCCAAACGAGUGCAGAUCUACUCAUCUCAACUCCGUAUCCAUGCUUACUUCACUGGUAUACGAUAUGUUCUGUAUAACUUCCCCCUAACGUCUGCAGUGCUCGGCGUGGCCACCAACUUCUCCUUCCUCAGUGUCAUUGUGCUGUUCAGCUACCUGCAGUUCAUAUGGGGUGGGAUCUGGCCCCCAAACCAAGUCCGAGUCCGGGUCAUGAUGGGGGAUAACACCCGCAUCCAGCAGAGGAGAGAGGAGGCUCGGAAGCGCAUGGAGAAGGAAAACUCGCAGACCGACCUCGGUGCUCCCGAAGUGAUUGGCUCUGUGACUGAGGCAUCUGAUUUCCAGGGAAAUGACACGGUGGCAGGGCCCUCAGAGGCCAUAGAUGCCCCUGAUGUGCCCGAAGUCAAGGAGGAAGAGUCUCCUGACUGGAAGGAGCCCGAGCAGGAAGACAGCUCAGACGUGUUGGAUGAAUGCCAAGAGCCUCAGCAGGGGGAGACCUUCCUCCGACAGAGACCUGGGCCGUGGAUGAGCCUGUGAUCGAUGCCACGGCACACAGCAAAAGCACUUAUAGUAUAUGCCUACUGUUCAUGAAAAUAUAAUACAUGCUUUGUUUUAGCUAACAAACUACUGCGUAUUGUCUUGUGUUGUCGUUAUAUUAAGUGUCGUAACUUUGACCUCUUCUCAUUUCUUCGUGCAUAUUGUCUGCAUCGUCUAAGUCGUAUGUUUCACCAUCUUGAUUUUUGCUAAUGCACAUAUCUGAAGAUACUACAUUCCACCUCUGGCUUCUCCAACAGAAUAUGACCUCACGAUUCAGGUGUUAGUCAUCAUUUGAACACACCCCUUGAAAGUCAGUUGACCUGUAAUGUUUUCUCGUAUCCCGGCCAGCCAUCAAUAGCUGAAUGCACAUAUCCUGACUUUUCUCCCAUGAUAACGUAAUGAGACAGGAACUCUUUAUUACUAGUUCAUAUGUCGGUACAAAGGAUUCUGUUUAUGAAUGUAGCUGCCAAGUACUCGGAACAGAAUGUAUUGAGUUUUUGUAUUUCCAAGAAUGUUACACACUCUUUUAAGGGAUACCGAUAAACUAGGCUUGUGAUACUGUUUUCACAGAGUCUCUUUCAGAGCAAUUAGAUUUAGAAGAUGCGGCCAAAAUAGUGUCUUUGUUUUGGACUACUGGCUGUAAAACUUGUCUCCAGCCUGAGGGACACAAGGAACAUGUUACAUUUAUUUUACUUGUUCAUUCAGAUACCUCUCUCUAAUUAUUUUUGGUUUUCAUUCGAUCAUCACUAUUCCUUUUGUAUUCAAUAUCUGUUACAGUGCAGCUUAAACACUGUAAUGUAUUGUUGGGAAAGUGUUAUUUAUGUUGUUUAAACAAAUGCACAAAGCUAUUUUAGAUGGGUAUUUGAAGUAAUAUAAGUCUGUUAAUUAAAGAUGUUUGUAUUCAACAUUAAGGAACAGUAUAAGAAGGAUAAGGGAAGUUACUGUUUUAAAAUACGAGUUGUUCAAGCAGGAAUUGUUGCAAUUAAGCACGGCCCCCAUGUAUUUAACCUACACUUCAGGGGAGCCACGGGUUUAUGCCUUAAGCGAGUUUGUGCAGGUGACACAGGAUUAUGUUCCAAAGAGAUUGUUAAACAUGAUGCACUUAUAAUCUGUCAUCUUGUAUUCUGUCAUGGUAAUAUCCUUGCAAAUGCCGAUAUGAGUAUGUGUUAUUUAUGUGUUGGAACAAAUAAAAAAAACAUGCAGUGGCACACUU